AUGGCUACACCAGUCACCAGCGACAAGGGUAAAGCCAGAGCCAUCGAUCCUGUCUCGACCUUGAACAACGACCACCCUGCCAUCCCCCUGGUCAAGCCACAGCCCAUUCCAUCCACCUCGCUCCUCAAUGUCGAGUACCCUGGCAUUCUCGUAGACGAUGCUGUUCUUUCCUCCUCUACCUCCAGCAGCAGUCUUGACCGGGCAUUAUCAACAUUGCAUCCAUCCGCCCUCCCUCCUCUUACUAGCAGUCCACUCGAGGGUCUCAACUUUCUCUCGCGAAUACCUAACGAGGGUUUGAGGGUUGUGGAAUGUCGUCUCGGCAGCUUCCCUUCAUCAGUUCCAUCAGAAGGGGAGGUACAGUCUGGCUUGGACAGGAACAGCAUCGAUCAGGUCUAUAAGGCACCCCUGAUAGGCGAAGUUGUGCCUACACACAACAUUGUCGUGCGCAUCGUCAAGCGUACCUGGCGACAGAAGAAACGCAAGCGACUGUCGUCAGGCUCACCAGCUCAAGGUGCGGACAGCUCAGAUCGACCAGAUGUCAUGGCUCUCGACCCGGCACUCUUCGCCGAGGGAGUCGACGCAGGGCAUGACAACUCGCAACUGCAACAGCCCAAUGGACAUGAAGAGCACGACGACAAACGCAGUCGUUAUACUGGUCGAGUCAAGAAGGAAUACUGUAUCGAAGUGCUAGGCAUGGCCACAAACACCGUUCGCUUUCGCAGUAUGGCAGACUUUGCUUUCCAGCCCGAAGUAUCCACAGCAUCUGCUGGCACGGACACGAUACAAGAACUGGAUCCAGUUAUGGCGCUGCACAAAGCGCUUGCCACCAUGGACUUGAAAGCCUUCCAGAACUUCCGCAUCCCCGAACAGCUCGAAGAUUACCAGCUUCCCGACCCCGCGGGUUCUGCACCUAAGAGCAACUUGCACAUGGUACCUCCAGCCUUCUUCAGCCGCAUGGACGUACCCUUCAACUACAACUACCAGCAAACGCCCUAUAGCGAGCUACGCACCGUCCCCGCUCCACCGCACAUCUCCAGAAAGUCCAGCGUCACCUUUGCACACGCCCUUCGACGCGACAAUCUACCCGCCGGCCAGAUGCAGCGCUUCGUCAACCGCGUGCGACUGUCCAACAUUACCCCGCAGCCGUUCCGUGUGGGGAGGGAUGCCAAAGUACCCACAAGGCCGCUACUGGAUGUGAUUCGGAUUGAGCACCGGUGUGAUCCCAAAAUCGUGGCGCGGUUGCGCGAGCUACUGGUGGAGAGGCCGAUGUGGUCGAGGGUAGCGCUGAAGAACCAGUUGACGGAGGGGGAGCUGAAGGAGCUGACUGGGAGCAAUGAGAAGGUGUACUAUGCGCUGGUCGGGUAUUCGAUGGUCGGCGGGCCGUGGAGAGAUACGAUCGUACGAUUCGGGUACGAUGUACGGAAGGAUCAUAGCAGUCGGAUUUACCAGCGGAUCUUCCUGCGUGGUACUCCUGCGUUGCGGGAGCCUUCGCGGACUGCACAGCUUUCGCCCGCUGCAGCUGCGCCCGUUGAUGGCGAGGGGGAGGAAGACGACGAAGCCGACGAAGCCAGCGCUGCACGAUCCAGCCUCGUCCCCCUUCCCACGUCUGAACGCUCCCAAAACACACACCUCUUCGACGGAACAACGCUGCAUCGUCACGUCGGCAACUUCCAACUCUGCGACAUCGAAGAUCCACUCAUCAAGCCAUACAUCUGGAGAAGCAAUGACGCCGAUCUACCCCUGCUCGACGCUGGUUCCGACCUGCCGAUACUACCACCUAUGGGUACGCAGUGGCUGCGCAGCACCUGGGACGCCGAAACGGGAUGGUACACUAAGCGGGCGCUUGAGCUCAUUCGUGCGCUUCUCGCAGCGCGGUUCAAGGCGUUGUCGGAUACGGGCACGCCUUUGGAGAGCGACGCUGUGGACGCGAUUGUUAGUCGGAUCCGCCAGAAGUGGCGUGAGGAGGACUCGCCGCCGCUUCAAGAGGGCGGUGCUCAGACAGAGGCAGAGGAGACCAGUGUAGCUCAGCCGGUCAACGGUCAACAGACCGUUAUCGACCCUACUCUGAGGUAA